AAUGUGGUUCCCAAAUGUGGUGCCAAUUUCACGGUCGUUCAAUAACUACCAUUCUAGCCUUAUAUGGAAGAUGGAUAAAGUUGUAAAGUUGGUUUAAGAGAUCUCUUCUUUUCUUUUUGCCUGUUUUCAGUCUAUUUUACGAUAAUGGAGGAAGCAUCGUUGGAAACUGUUGCAGCAGAUGAUACUUCAAACGAACCCCACGCUAGAUUACUCUAUGAACAAGUACAUACUCCACUGAAAUUGUCCUACGAAGUGGAUACCUGUGAAGGUUGUGUUGCCAUGGGAAAACAGAUUUCAUUGUUAAGAUGUGAGAUGGAAGAAUUGAAGAAGAAAUUCGAAAUCACCGAAAAACGACUUGAGAAAGCGGAGUUUGAACGCAGUACAUCCGUGAAGUAUGUUGACUCUGUUCGUGAGCAAAUAAGACAACUUCACGAGAAACUUACGGUGGAAAAGACAAGAAAUGAAGAUCUUGAAAAAAUGAUUCUGGAUCAUAAAGCAGAAACGAGAACAGAUGUUGUCAAAGGAUCUGAUGUUACAACCAGCACCAAUCAAACUGAUGUGGAGAAGGAAAUUGCUACUUCAAUAAGAGAAGCAGCGAAGGAUAUCGCUACCUCGAUAAGGGAAGCGGCUCAACAGGCAACGACUAGUCAUGGAUUUGUAUAUGAUGAGAAAUCUGGAUUGUACUAUGACUACAACACUGGAUAUUACUACAACCCGAAUUCUCGUCUGUACUACGACUACCGCACGGGCGUGUACUAUACUUACAACCAAGAAAAAAAGUCGUACGAAUUUUAUUCCCAAGUGACGUUAAACACAGCUACGAACAUGUCGACUGAUAAUCAAAGUUGGACUGAUUCAGUCUCGUGUGCAGAAAAAACAGAUUGUGAACAGCGUUAUGUGUUGAACAUAGCAGAUACAACCACGAUUGAUAUGGUGGAGACUGGUAGCGAGGAUGGAGAGAUCAUUGAAGUUAACGUGUCCGAAAUCGAUACGAAAGACGAUGAUGAUGAGGUUGAUAUAGUCAAAGAUGAAUACCCGCCAUGUAUUCGGGGCAUUGUUUUGAAAUCCAACAGUUGCGUUGUUGGUGAUUUGAUUAUAAUCACCUGCAUGGGCAUAACAUUUGGACGCUCUGAAGGGGGUAGCAAAUUCAUGAAGCUUUCCGAUAUCGAAGUUAGUAAGGAGCAUGCUAAGGUUGAUUAUAACCAUGAAGCAAAGAGGUAUUUUGUAAAAGACCUUGGGAGUCAAAACGGAACAUACAUCAAUGGCAACAGAAUCAGCGAGUGCAAGAAAGAGAGCGAGGGAGUUGAAAUGAAUCAUGGAGAUCAUUUAAAAAUUGGUUCAACUACAUUUCUUGUUCACAUACAUCAGGGAAAUGAAACAUGCGAUGAUUGCGAGCCAGGCCAGGUUAUGGCCCAACUUAAGGCCAAAGAAUCCGAGGAUGAAGUCUUAAUCACCCGAAUUGUUUCAUCAGUUGAGAUUGAAAAUCCAGAAGCUAAGAGAAAAAAGGAACUGAAGAGACUAAAGAAACGAUAUAUGCUAGAGAACAGUGAACAUGAAGUCAAUUUUGAGAUCGCAUCCAAUACUCGUGGAAAGUAUAAAGACAGAGCUGAGACAAGGAGGCAGAAAGUUGGUAGUGAAACUCCUGACAGCAAUAUUACUGAAUCGCCUUCUUCAAUUUUACAGCCAAUUGAAGCCGAGAACAAGGGAAGAAUGAUGUUGAAGAAAAUGGGCUGGGUAGAUGGAAAGGGACUGGGAAAAAAAGAGACUGGCAUAAAGGAACCUGUGUUGGCCACGAUGCGUGAAGCUGGUCGUGGCUUGGGUUAUGGUCCUGUCAAGUCUAUCCACAUGCCUCAUAGCGAGAAAAUUUUUCAAAUGAACAAAAUGCAGGACAGGUACAAAUCUAUUAGUGGAGGUCACCAACCCAUGUCCUCACAGCAAGGAUCGAUAAAUAUGGACUGGAAAAAGAGAAUUUUCAAACCUAAGACUGUUGACAUCUUUGCUGAUGAUGACAGGUGAAAGUAAUGGUAACACUCUCAAUUAUUGUGAAUAGUUCUCAUGCGAAUGUCAAAGGAAUGUAAACAUAAACAAGAUUUUGUUGUACAAGCGAUGUCAUAGUUACGAACCAUUGAAACCGUAGGAUCAAGAAAUUGGUCUUUGACAAUUGUUAUUGUUGUGCUCGUGGCAAUCCUUAAAAAGACUAACUCAAACUA